CUGAUGAUCAGUGUGUCCUGAUGAUCAGUGUACCCCAGCAGUGCCACCUGUCAGUGUCCAUCAAUGCCAGCUGUCAGUGCCCAUCAGUGCCAUCUAUCAGUGUCACGAAUCAGUACUGCCAAUCAGUGCCGCCUAUCAGUGCCAGUCAGUGCUGCCUAUCAGUGCCAUAUACGAGUGCUGCCUUUCAGUUCAGUGCCUCCUACCAGUGCCUCCUCAUCAGUGCAGCCUAUCAGUGCCCAUCACAGCAGCCUCAUUAGCGCACAUCAGUGAAGGAGAAAAAUCACUUAUUUACUAAAUUUUAUAA